AUGUGUCGCUCCUUGCGUCGCAGCAGGCGGUGGGAUGAGAAAAAUCGCCACCAACGUCUUCCUGAAACGGCAAAGUGGGUGUUGUGGGGAGUGAAGGAAGAAAGAAAAUUCUUUCUUCCAUGGCAUCUGAAGGAGUAUCAUCAAGCUGGAGAAGAAGUGGAGGUCAGUUCGGCUCGAGCUCGCAUCCUAACGGAAAGGAUGGCAAAGAUGGCGUCUCACCCAAGUGCUGGUGUUCCAUUCUUUUUUCUAUCAGGUUCAGAGUUCAUUGAGAUGUUUGUUGGUGUAGGUGCUUCAAGGGUGAGGGACUUGUUCAACAAGGAAAAAGUGAAUUCGUCGUGUUUGGUGUUCAUUGAUGAAUUAGAUGCUGUAGGGAGGCAGAGAGGUACUGGCAUUGGUGGAGGGAAUGAUGAAAGAGAAAAAACAGUGAAUCAAUUACUCACUGAAAUGGACGGAUUCACUGAAAAUACUGGUGUUAUUGUCAUUGAUGUCACCAAUAGACCUAAGAUUCUUAAUUCUACAUUGCUUAGACCUGACAGGUUUGAUAGGCAGCAUGAGCAUGAAAGAAGAAUAGAAACUGUGACACUUAGAAAUGCUCCAACCAGAGACAUUAGUUCCCUAAAUAAAGGCACUGUCAAUGCAAUAAUGACAGUGCUGGUUACUAUCAUAGUGUUGACCAAAAUUUUGGUGAAUCUAUUCUUGUACUUUCUUGGAAGCAAAUUUUUCAAAGCAUUGGUGAUAGGUGUUGUCAUCAAAGCAUACUUCGAUAUUGGAUUGACCAAUGUUGUGUAUAUUGCUACUCUUGAGCUUAAUUUGUCUAUUGGCAGGUUCAAUGUUACUUGUGAUUGA